AUGAAACAGGAGUUAAAGCGUGAAAGGGAGAAGCUUAGAUCCGACAUCUCUGACGCGGACUCGAAAGAUGAUAAGCAAGAGGAACGUCCUGGUCCCUCCAGACAAAUGGCUUCCGGUUCAACUGGAGAUAAUAUUUUUAUUAGCACACCACAUCCGAAAAACAUUCAGAGAUUAUCCAGAGAAUAUCCAGAAAACAUUCAAUCAUCCUCAGCAUCUUCUCUGAGCGUCUUCGGGAUACGUGCACUGUUACGGACGCCAGACGAAGAUGUCGGUCCCUCUAGACAAAUGGCUUCCAGUUCAACUGGAGAUAAUAUGCAAAGCGAAAGUGUCGGCUCUUCUAGACAAAGGGAUUCCGAUCCAACUGAACAGCCGGACAAUGUAGGCAAAAAAUCCGUAACAACGGAGGAACAGAUGUACAAUUUGAGCGUGAGCAAAGAAAUCUCGAAUUAA